AUGCCUUCUCCUCCACCACUUGGCAGUCUCGCUGUCCAAGCACCCUCUCUCACCCCACAAUUGGUGUACGUGUCACCAACAACAUGUCACAAUCUCAGUCUCUUCAAGGACCUUCUCAGAGAAUAUCGGAGACUGGACGACACCAUUACAAUGCGCCUUAACCGUUCAAAUGCGCAAUUCAGAGAUCGAGACCGCAUAGGGAGCAAUAAGAAGGGGAACGUGCAGGAUCUGGCCUGUGAGUACAUUUGGAAAGAACUAGUUGAGAAUUGGAAGCGUAGGACGGAAAUUGUGGAUUAUUGUGUGAAUAUCGUGGAUCAGUCCAUGAACGAGAAGCGAAGAGUGCUCGAGGGGCAACAGGGCGAUGCCAGGGCUCAGAGGAAAGCGCAAGCUGACCUAUUUGCCGAAGAAGUCAAGAGAAACCAGGUCCACAACGAAUUGUCGGUUGAAAGCAUUAUACGCAAGAGAUCACUUGACGCCUUUCAGUCACGGUGUCGAUACUUCACUCCCCCAAUGAAUGAUGUUGAAGCUAGAAAAUGGUGGGAUGCUGCCCAAUCACAAGAAGCACCAUAG